UAACCGACGCCGAAAGAUUAAUGCCCGUUGCAUCUGUUAUCUUGACGCCGUCGCGCACUGUCUGACGGGAUUUAACUACUUAUUUUAUCUGCAUUCAUGAAGGAAACCUGUUGUCCUCGCAGCUCAACGAAGAACCAGAGAUUAGCCCCUUUCACGAUCGGUGUUGGAAAACAAAUAGAUGCCCGUGCUGCCUUCAACAACCAACAAUGACUUUACAUUUUCUAUUUUUGCUGUAGGGUGACAGCUGACUGGCUCAACGAUGGCAGGAAGUUCUGACAGUAAAAAUGAUGAAAGGGGCCACGGUGAUCCACAGUUUCGUUUCCAUAGCUAUUUACAUGGAGGGACCUCGAGUUUGCUGUCAGCCCUGCCCACUCUCAUUGUUUUCCCUGUAUAUAAAACUGUUUUUCGCCAGCAAAUCCACAAUACCCCAGUUCACCAGGCAGUUGGACAACUCUACAAAGAGGGACUUGUAAAGCUCUACAGGGGCGUGGCCCCACCAUUACUGAUGAGAACACUUAAUGGCACGCUGCUCUUUGGCCUCCAGGACACCAUCCUCCACAAGCUCUCCCUGUCAUCCCAAAAUGUCAUCUCCACCUCUGCCCUGCCUGCUCUGGCUGGGUUUGGUGCAGGCAUGGUAGAAGCUGUGGUUCUAACCCCCUUUGAGCGCAUCCAAAAUGUGUUGCAAAACAGUCAAAACGACCGUCAACUGCCCACCUUGAAAAGUGUUCUCGUCAAGCUGAAGGCACAGAGGCUGGCCUCAGGGUACUACAGAGCUUUCCUGCCCAUCACAGCCCGCAACGCCCUCGGCAGCUCCCUCUACUUUGGCCUGAAGGGGCCUAUGUGUGCCGUCGUGGCAGGACAAGGACUGUCUCCAGUGUUCUCCUCCUUUAUCUCAGGAACACUGACCUCCAUGGCAAUCAGCUUAGCUCUUUACCCACUGUCUGUGCUUGUGGCAAACAUGCAGGCACAGGUGGGAGGGGAGGUGAAGGGGGUCAUGGCUUGCUGGAGGAUGCUGUGGAAAUCUCGGCAGGGGCGUGUCGCUCUGCUUUACCGAGGAGGUUCUCUGGUUAUUUUGAGGUCAUGCAUUACAUGGGGAAUCACCACUGCUAUCUACGACAGGCAGCAGAAACAUUCAGGCUGAUGACAGACCAUUAAAAAUUGUUGGGUUUAUUACUUGUAUUAUUUGUUAUCCAGAAAACUGAAUGAAACCAUAUUACAUCAAUUUUUUUUUGUAUGUUUGCACUUUGUAUUCACUUGUAUUCCUCAUCACUAUUUCACACUCACCUGGUGCCUAAACAGCCACAUUGCUGUUGACUUCAUCUGACCUCCAGUGCUUCCACAAGAAGAACACAAUUCAUCACCUGCUUCAAAUCAGUGAAUGCUGACAUUUUUGCAAGUCAGAAUGCCCGAACAAGUUGAAAGCACCACUGCUGGGACUUAAACCCCAGUCACUAAGGGAGUGGGUGAAUAUUUAUUAUGUACCAAAGUGGUCUGUGCAUUAGAAAUAUAAAUACUCUGCAAGUGAAUCAUAGGUGCCUUGUAUUUUUUCUCUUUUUUUUGUCUUAAAUGGGAACUUCACAAAUGUUAUUCCUGAAAGUUUACCCAUUACUGGAAGUUCUACUGAGCCUGUGGAAAUGGUUGUAUAAUGUCCUCUGUGGCUCUGAAGGAGGAUGAAAUGGGGAAUGACAUUCAGGAAAGGAAAGGUAAUCGCGUACCAUGAUCAGCGACUUAGAUCCUAUGGGCCACCCAUGGAGUUUUCUAAAGUGAUGAUCGGGGGUUUUUUUAUUGCAUUGGAGACUACAACUUAAAAAGUAGAAGUUGAAAGUUGGGGUGUGGAUUUUGCAAAAAGAUGGUUAGUGAUUUGAUUUCAUGCAUAUGCCAGACCCAUAUGACGGGAUUAGAUUGUGUCUUUGUGAUAGUGCAUGCCAGUAUACUAAAUUACUGGAGUUCCCCUUUAAGUGUACAGAGGAGACAAAUGCAAGUUCAAGGUGUUUUGUCAAUGUAUUAUUUAAUUUUCUGUAUGAUAUAGACACUGUAUUAUGUAUAAUAUCUAUACCAUAAAGCCAACACUGCAAUCAGAAGACAAUGCUUGAAAUAAUUUAGUUUGUCAUUUAAAAUGUAGCCCAUAAAAUAAAACUGUAUCUACUUGACUGUGAAAGAAGAAUGUCAACUGCCUGUCUGUAAACUAAACAUAUAACUUUAUUUUUAAAAACUCCUUUAUUGUAUUUAUUUAUCAAGUCACUGCAUUAAUAAAUUAAUCUUAUCAGUCGUGC